UGAAAAAAUAGCGGAAAAAUGGAGGAAGAGCUCGCCUCUUACAAACUUCAGCUCCAGCAGGUCGAGGCGGCUUUGCUCGGCGAUCCGACGAAUGUGGAGCUUCUCAAGUUGAAGGAAGACCUCGGGGAGAUUAUUUCGCUGCAGGAAGAUUUGGCGGAAACCGACAAGGCAGAAUCAUCAGAGAGGGCUGUGGUGGCUCCGCAAGUGAUUCACAAGUGGACGGUCGGCGAACGAGUUAUCGCCCCACAUCCCGACGGAAAAAAGGUUUUCGCCAGAAUCGACUCACUUACGCCCGCCGGAGUGGCUAUUACCUUCACAUCUACCGGCACGAAAACCAUCGUAGAUCCCGCUGAUCUCCAACUCCCGCCCGAAAAUCAGCGAAAAAAUUAUGCAUUUGAUAACACAAAGUCGGCGGCCGGACCAUCGACUCAACACGGCAAAAAGGAAUGGCAAGCAGAAAAGGAGCGCCGACGUCAAAAAGCGCUCAAAAAACAGCAAAAACAGAAGGAGCUCGACUCGAUAAAGGAUGGCGAGAAGAAAAGUUGGCAAAAAUUCAACACAAAAGCCAACGCGAAAGGUCUGAAGGGCCUGAAGAAGGUUUCGGCGACAGGAUCAAGCCAGGAUGGCUCGGCGAGCAGCAGCGGCGGCGGCGGAGAGAAGCGAGGAACGAUCGUCUCGUCGAGAAGCUCUCAGUUCAUUUUUAAAGCCACCCGUGGAGCUAUGGAUUCACUUUUUUGAGCUCUCUUGUAUAUCCGAUUUUACUGUACUUUUUUUGUGUUCUUGAUAUAAUAAAAACUCGAUUUUU